AUGUUGACUUCACGAAAACGCAAGUUAGCCGCACGAGGAUUGGAAGUGGAAGUAGAGGUGAUUCAUAAGCAAGGAGACGUUCUACUCCAGCUUGGAAAGCCUGAGCAGCCGAUACGCAAAAUCCUAGUUUCUUCUACGGCCCUCAGUUUUGCCUCGCCUGUCUUCGCUGCCAUGUUCGAUGGUCGCUUCCUCGAGGGCGAAUCUUUGUCUCAAAAUUCGCCACCGACAGUCUCACUUCCUGAAGAUGAUCCAGAGUCCAUCGUCAUUAUCUGCAAAGUGAUCCACAUCCAGACCUCCAAGUUUGCUACGAAGAUUACAGCUACAGCCUUGGCAAAUGUCGUAAUCGCAUGCCACAAGUACGAUUGUUUGGAUACAAUGCAUGCGUGGGGAUUGGUAUGGAUCGCGGCACUCCUUGAGACUCCAGAUGAUCCAGGGUUUGAAAAGACCUUGCUGGCUGCAUACCUACUUGACCUGCCGCAUGAGUUCCACAAAGUGUCCCGAAGCCUGGUUCUCGAUCGCGCCAGUCCGUUCAGCAUCACGACCGCAGCGCACGGCCACGAUUUCCUUCCCACCCGCUUGCUCGAGCGUAUCCUGAGCGAUUUCCAUGAUGUUCAGAAACGAGCAAUUGCCGCCAUUUGCAAGGCAGUAGCCGUCAGAGAUGGAAUCGAUUAUUCCGGAGUAAAUAUAACCUUAUGUGAAAGAUUGGUCUGCGAUUUAGGACUGCAGUGCAUCGGCUUGUUCAUCGUAAAUCUUCAACUUGGUGGUCUUUGGCCGAUAGGCGCACACUCAAUCACACAUAUCAGGACUGUGGUGGCUCAGAUGGAUGGACUCAACCCUCCAGCAAAACUGUGCCCAGAUCCCGACUGUAACUGUAGAUCUGCGGGCACCAUGAAGGAGGACCUUUUGAGCGAUAUCGGUCUCAUCCAUUACUCAAACUCCAGAGGUAUCUGCCUGGACUGUGUCCAGGCCGAUGCGGCUGGAAAGACGGUUGAAAAUACUGGCAACUGCCGGCUGGGGAAUUUCCCUGGAUACCAGAUUGAGGAAGAGCGACUGACAGUUAUGUCCGUCAAGCUCUCGACUAUCGACGUCAGUCGUAUCAGCGCGAACACUUUCCUUCUCCAACUCGCACAUUCGUUGAUUUAG